UAAAAGAUCUCUUAGUUUGAGACGCACCUGAUUUUUGUGGCUACAUUUGACACCUUCAGCUUCGGCAGCCAUCAUGCGUCGCAGCCUCCAAGUGCCCGCGCUUCCGCGUAAGUUGCUCACGCUAGCGUUCAUUGUGCGCGAUGAUAUGGGCUCCCAGCAGGUUCUGCUGGGUAUGAAGAAGCGCGGCUUUGGAAUGGGCAAGUGGAACGGCUUCGGUGGCAAAGUGGAGGUCUCGGACGCCAGCAUCGCGGCUGCAGCAGCGAGAGAGAUAGAAGAGGAGGCCAACGUGUCGGUUAAAGCAGAACAUCUUCAGCCGCGUGGUGUGCUGCUCUUCUCCUUCGAAGAAGCAAAGGAGGUGAUGGAGGUGCACGUAUUCCUGACGCAGCAGUUCUCGGGCGAGCCGUCUGAGAGCGACGAGAUGAAGCCGCAGUGGUACGACAUCACGGACAUCCCGUUCAAGAGCAUGUGGGCGGACGACCACUUCUGGCUGCCGCACGUUCUCAGCGGCAAAAGCGUGCAAGGACAUUUCCAUUUCGCUGCAGACGAGGACACACUGCUAGACCACAACCUCGAGCGUUAGUGUGCGAGGGCACGUUAGCGCAACCAUUUAGUCUUCGUAUUUGGUAUGACGACGACUAGUUCGUCGGGCGCGUGGCGAUCCAGUACAGCGAGUUGGUGCGCGAGCUGCCGUCGUCGAAGAACGUCAUGUUCUGGACCUUCGACCACGCGUCGGCAGGGUCGAUGAUAGCCAAGUCCAGGUACGCGUAGCCCUUCCAGCGGUCUUCGAUCGGGUCUUGUACACGGUCGAACGCUUGUUGCUGCAGAAUCGGGUACUCUUCCUUGACGUACGCAGGCUUUAAGAACGCGUCCGUGAUCGGCGUGAACGGGAUCAUAUUGAUUAGGUGCAUGUGCUCCACUUGCGGACCGAACCACGUCGUGUACGACACCUUCGUAGCAGCCACUUGCCCCGUCAUCUUGUUGGCGGCGUAGAUCGGCUCGUAAAUAUUCGAGCUGGAGGGCAUCUGCCAGUACGUCUGAGCGCCACGGAUCUCAAGAGCAAGCAGGAGGUGGCCCAUGUGCUCCACUUCCGGGACUUUGAAGGACUUGCCCACCAGAUACACGCCAUAGUAGGCGUUGAUGGCUUCGCUAACACUCUCCUGAGACUUGCCACCAUCAAGAGUGUACACUCCACUGGCAAACGAGUGGCCAUCGAACCAAGAAAAGUGACGAGUGAACGGGAAGAACGUACUGCAUCAAAAGUAAGCGAGAUAACUGGUUCAGUACCAGCAAACAGGGGAUACAACGGGGCAAAUGGAUACGUACUCGCUUUGGUCGGGACUGGCAAUAUCACGCACAAUCGACAUCACAACGGCCUUGUGUGUUUUAACGAAGGCUGGACGGUAUUUGCCCACGACAGCGACCGCGUACAAGAAGUAGCCGUAGUGGAAGUGCUGCAUAAUAAGACAGUAGAUUGUGAGUCCAUCAGGGUCACAAUGAGCGAUGCAGCAUGUAGACUACGUACGUGGUCGUUGUACCAUCCGUUGCCGAAGUCCGUCAUCCAGAACACACCCUUGAGUCCGUUGAGCGAGCACAAGCCGCCCCAGCUGCGGUCAUAUACGAAGUGGUCACUGUUCUGGCCCAGCAUCCACGGAGUCAACCACUCCUCCAAUUUGUCCAGCAUGUCGUCACGAAGCUCCUUCUCGUCUAAUUUGUCUGCGAUGAGGACCAAUCGGGCUUGACGUCCGAUCUCCUUGCCGAAGUAAUACGGAUCGUCGGCCUCGGGCGUGUAGUUGGAGUCGUUAGCAAGAGCAACCUUGAUCGCCUCCAGAUACUGUGGCUGGAUCUGCACGUUUUCUUCUUGGAAAGAGGCAGUCGGUAAACUGUCUUGCAUCUCCCAGCAGCUACCAAGUACUGCCGUCAUGACCGACUUGAGUGUACGGUGUCCAAACUGCCCCAGAACUUGGAAAGCAUCGCUGUCGGUCUUGAACGUCGCGACGUGGUGUGGAUUCGCCAUCAUCAGCAGCUCAGCAGUCGAAGUCGACUUCAAAUUCGGCUCGCCAAGAUCGGGGAAUGUCUUCGUCUUCCAGCAGAACGAGAACGACGCAUCGGUAUCUUUAACGUCCGUAGUGAUCGAGGAGCCCACUGGAUAAAUAGCAGCUGCCUUGUCAAGAGCCUUAAUGGCGGCGUGUGAUGAUCCCUGUGGAACAAUUGCCAAGCGAGCAGCUCCAGUGAAGAAGUCUGUGUCGACCAGACGGAUGUUGGUGGGGGUAGUGAGCUCGCCGCGCCAGUUGUACGGGCGGUAGUCCUUCUCGUUGGCGUAUUGUAGCUGCAGCGUGCGCACCUUGUCAAAAUAUAGGAUCCACUUCUGCUGAGACUUGCCAGUACCGUGCGCACUCUCGCCUGCGCCGUAGACUUCAAUGUCGAGCUCGAAGCGGUUGCUGGUCCACGUCUGGAGCUCAUUCCAUGGAGUCAGCGGGUCCUUCUGCUCCACUUUCUCACCAUUGACAGUCGAAACUGUGGCGUUGAACUCUAGGACGGGCAGUACAUUCUGGUAUUCCACCGUGACGUAGGGUGAGCCUCGCACCAUAGGCACCUUCAUCCACUUGUUUUCCUCUCCAUAGUAAUACUGCAAUAACACCGAGAGCACGUCAAAACCCACGACGUUUCUGGACGUACUGUUGCCGUCACCCAACAGAGCGCUGCCAGUCUCGUUGCCGUCCAGCACCUUGUGACUGUAAGCUGUGAAGCUGGCGUCCACGUUAAAAUACU